AUGACCCGCCGCAAGAAGCGUACCACCAAAGCCGAAAACUUCGUCUAUAACCACGAUGAGCUCGUAUCGCUCAUCAAGAAACACUAUCAACUGCUGAUUGACAUGGCUUAUUUCGAGCCCGAAGAUGUCCGCUGGCCACCAGAGCCCGCGGGAUGGUCCGCCGAAGACCUGAAUGUGAACGCCUUGCAAAUAUUAGGUCGCGACAUCAAGGUCAUUCAACUGCUUCGUCAUAUUCCUUAUCCCCGCAAAAAGAACACCGAGGUUUGUUUCGCGUCGAUGGCUAUUUCCUACUUGCAUGAGCACUGGCAGCCCGAGAACGGCCGUCGCGUCAACUGGCACAAGAGGUCGUUCUGUGCACUUGGCCUGGCGCCUUUCGAUGGACCAAUGCCACCGCAUCUCAUCACCCUGACGUGUGAGGAGUCGGAAAUAGGAAUCACCUGGGUUGUCGAUACCGAUCGAGGUUGUGUCUAUCCUCACGCGGAUGAAUACUACUUAUUUGACGACGAGCCUCCUGAGGUCGACGAGCAGCAAAUGUGGUGGCUCAAAGCAAAGGCUCUCUCGUUCAAAGAGUUCUUUGACAAGAUUCGAACCCAGAUGUCUACUCUGACACUUGUGCCUGCUCCUGCGGUAGGAGAUCUCGGGAAGAGUAUUAUGCAUAGCGGGGACUCUGGAUCAGAGUGCGGCUGGCCGGGGCCUUUGCGUAAGGAGGAGUUCCUCCAGAAAGUGGUUCCAGUGCGUGAGGCUGGUAUUCAAGAAAUAUCACAUCGAUAUGAUGAGUUCCAUAAGUCUUGA